CACAUCUUCCGCCGCUGCAACACUUGUCCUGGUCCAGUUGCCUCUUUGCAUCCUUCCACCUUCACGUCGCCUCGAUGACUGGCACUGGCACCGCUAGCUAGCCAGCAAGUUCCCCCGCUCCUUUCAUUUACCUUUCGUUUAUCUUUUCCUUUUUUGCCUUAUUGCAACCGGGCCGGGACACGUUUUUACCCCCGCGCAUCGGCGCAAUCGAUCAUGGCUCCCAGUCAGUCAUGGACAGGCUGGAGGCGCCUGUCUGCCAUCAUCGCCGCGCUGACCCUGCCAUGGACGGCGACGCUAGCGGUCGCCGACAAGUCCGCAGGCGACUAUUUCGUCCAUUCCCUUCCAGGCGCUCCCGAGGAGCCUGUGAUGAAGAUGCAUGCUGGGCACGUUGAAAUCACCCCCGAACACAACGGCAACAUCUUCUUUUGGCAUUUCCAGAACUUGCACAUUGCGAACAAGCAGCGGACGGUCAUCUGGCUGAACGGCGGGCCGGGAUGCAGCUCUGAGGACGGCGCGUUGAUGGAGAUUGGGCCUUACCGAUUGAAGGACGACAAGACGCUUGUCUACAACGACGGAGCAUGGAACGAGUUUGCCAACGUCUUGUUUGUUGACAAUCCCGUCGGUACCGGAUUCAGCUACGUCGACACAGACUCGUUCGUCCACGAGCUGGACGAGAUGGCCAAGCAAUUCAUUAUCUUCCUGGAGAAGUGGUAUGCUCUGUUUCCAGAGUAUGAACACGACGACAUCUAUUUUGCUGGAGAGUCGUACGCGGGCCAGUAUAUCCCUUACAUUGCGAAGCACAUCCUCGCGCGGAACAAGCUCCCGGAAACGAAGCACAAGUGGAACCUGAAGGGCCUGCUCAUCGGUAAUGGAUGGAUCUCGCCACCAGAGCAGUACGAAGCAUAUCUCCAAUUCGCAUUCGAAAAGGGCCUAGUGCAAAAGGGGAGCGACAUUGCCAACAAACUCGAGGUCCAGCUACGCAUCUGCCAGAAACAGCUCGCGAUCGGCGAGAGCGCUGUCGACAACGAGGACUGCGAGAAAGUUCUUCAGGAUAUCCUGCAGCUGACGGCUACCCGCAACAAGGACAACAAGCUAGAGUGCUACAACAUGUAUGACGUGCGCCUGAAGGACACGUACCCGUCCUGCGGCAUGAACUGGCCGCCCGACCUGAAACACGCGGCGCCGUAUCUCCGUCGCAAGGAGGUUAUCGAAGCGCUCCAUAUCAACCCCAACAAGGUGACAGGCUGGGUCGAAUGUGACGGCCAAGUCAGCCGCAACUUCCGCCCCGUCAAAUCUAAGCCCUCGAUCGACCUUCUGCCGGACAUCCUGAGUGAGGUGCCCGUCUUACUCUUCUCGGGGGCUGAAGACCUCAUCUGCAAUCACUUGGGCACCGAAGCUCUGAUCAGCCGCAUGUCCUGGAACGGCGGCCGCGGCUUCGAACUCUCCCCGGGCACGUGGGCGCCCCGCCGCGACUGGACGUUCGAGGGCGAGGACGCCGGCUUCUGGCAGGAGGCGCGCAACCUGACAUACGUGGUCUUCUACAACGCCAGCCACAUGGUUCCCUUUGACUAUCCGCGCCGCACGCGCGACAUGCUCGACCGCUUCAUGGGCGUCGACAUUAGCUCCAUCGGCGGCAAGCCCACCGACUCGCGGCUCGACGGCGAGAAGGGCCCCGAGACGACGGUCGGCGGGACCGCGGGCAACAGCACCGCCAACCAGGAGGCCGAGAAGGCCAAGCUCAACGCUGCCAAGUGGGAGGCCUACCGCCGGUCGGGCGAGAUUGUGCUAGUCAUUGUCGCCGUCUCCGCGACGGCGUGGGGAUAUUUCAUCUGGCGGGAGCGGCGCAAGAGGCGCGGAUACCAGGGCCUCGCGGGCGAGGAGGCUGGGUCCUCCAGGAUGGCGGUGUUUCGGAACUCGCCUGGUGGAAGGGGCGGCAGGCGGGAUGUUGAGGCCGGAGAUUUCGACGAGACGCAGCUGGAUUCGCUUCGUGUGCGCCCGCCUGCUGAGGGACAGGCAGAUCCGAGGUACAGCCUCGGGGCGGAUAGCGAUGACGACAGAGGGGAGGAGGAGGAGGAGGGCAGUGCUGGAAAGGCAAAGGAAAACGGGGCGGGCAAGACCAAUGGGGGUUCAUGAUAUGUUUUGGUUAAGGGUGAAAUACUAGUUUCCCUGCUCACACAUAUGUACAUAGGGCAUUCAUGGAUGGUUUGUUGUCGAAUGACGAGCGGCUCAUGGUGCAGAUGGGAAAUGCACAGAGGUUUCAAUCCCCGUCGAGUCCGCCUCUCCUGGGAGGUUAAGCCCCCGGAGGGCU